UUCCCUUUUAGAUAAAACUGUAGUGUCAUCAGUUGAACGAUAAGCCACUUCCUCCUUCAGUAACCGUAUUUAGAUUGAAAUUAUCCCUUUAAAUUUAGAGUGGAGAGAAAACUGACUCUUAUUAAAACCCCAAUCAAUGCAUCAGUAAUUGCUCAUUAUAACUUUUGCAUUACAGACACAAAUUUUAGGUUAUUUUGUUUAAUAGACUGAUGCAAUUUAUUUCAUAACUAAACUACCAGAGUCAAUACCAGGUAGAAUCCACUGCUGCUGUAAUAAAAGCUGGAGGUGUUUUGAGGCGGCUCUCUUCCUGUUCUGAUCACUUAUUGACCGAAAUUGUUGCCCGGCCAUCUAUUCUCUCCUGCUCUAACUUGCCCCUUCUGGUUGCUUUUCUGAGCUUGCCAGUUUAGGGGGUCCUGACUCGUGCAUUUCCGUCUUCUUUCCAUUUUGGAAUGGUAAAGUGAAUGAGGGCUCUAUCAGUGGUGCACAGCUUGGGCUUGGCAAACUGAGUAACCUCAAUUUGCUUCAUCUGUCUCCACAAUGUUAUCCUUGAUUUGUCUCCAGGGUUUCUUGGUUUUGAUUAGGCUCUUUUCCAAAACAUUUGGUGACUUUACAGUAGAGCUAUGUUUUUACAGUAGACAAAGGGUGACUGUAAUAGGUAACUUCUGAAGGCAAUUGGUUGCGCCAGAUUUUUUUAGGGACAUCAGAGUAAAUUGGAACGAAUUCACAAUAAAAUAUGCGUAGUAAGAAAAAAGUUUGCUUUUUCUCAUCCCGUUUGACCUUUUAUAAAGUGGACUGAAUGUUGAGAAAACGGGCAAAUUAAUUAGUGAAUCUUUAACUGUGAGGUGCUUGUUUAUCCAGGGUGCUUUGCGCUUCCUGCUCCUCAUCUGGGGAGCAACAAUGACAGGCUCUUUAAUUGUCCUGUGGUGCUGUUACUAAUGGGGAGACCAGGGAUAAUUCCUGUUUGAAACAGUUUGCUUUCAGCCCAGCCAAGCAUGAAACACUUUAACCAGGUUACAUUUUAAUUGGCCCUGGCCCCGGGGACAUUCAGUUUUGUUAUUGAGUUUAUGGAAGAUGAUGAAUCCAUCUAGUCAGGCGGUAGCACAUGAUCGCCACAGUGCUCAGUUCGCUGAUUGAAAGGGAACAUACCAGUCUUUUGGUAUCUUUCACCUCCAUCUCUGAAGCGCAUAAUAGUUGGUGGAUAUCUACUUCAUGUCUCCAAAGACUGAUCAGGCUUUUGCUUUUGGAUCACAACGUUAAAGAGUGGAUUGGUUUGUCAUCAAGAAUGGAAAACCUCACGCCAGAGCAAUGGCGAGAGAUCAUGAACAAGAAGAUGCGCUUCCCUCCGGCGCUCCUCAGUGCCAUUCAGGAGGGAAAAAUAGAGAUGUUGUGUGGACUGCUGAAGACUGGGGAUGGCAUCAUUCGCCAGCUGGAUGAGUCGGAGGACCGCCAGUGGAGGGAGGCUCUCAACCUCUCCAUCCGCCUGGGCAAUGAGGAUGCCAUGGAUGCCCUUCUGCAGGGAGUAAAGUUUGACUUCCGGCAGAUUCACGAGGCUCUGCUGGUGGCUGUGGACACAAACCAGCCCAAGGUGGUGAAACGCCUGUUGGACCGCCUGGACCAGGAGAAAGGCAACAAGAUGGAUGUACGAUCCUUCUCUCAAGCCAUCUUCGACCGGUCCAUUGACAACUCACAGUUUGCCCCUGGUGUCACACCUCUGACACUUGCCUGUCAGAAAGAUCUUUAUGAAAUAGUCACCAUGCUCACUCAGAAAGGGCAUGGCAUCCCAUGGCCUCAUAAGAUAUCCUGCGCCUGUCUGGAGUGUCGCAACGGCCGGCAGUACGACCUGCUGAAGUUCUCCUUGUCUCGCAUCAACACCUACCGUGGCAUCGCCAGCCGUGCCUAUCUGUCCAUCACCUCCAGCGAUGCUAUGCUCAGCGCCUUCAGUCUCAGUAGAGAGCUCCGCAGGUUGUCCCAAAAAGAGCCUGAAUUUAAGCCUCAGUACCUGGACCUGGAGCAACUCUGUCAGGAGUUUGCCGUCGAGUUACUGGGCAUGUGCCGUAACCAGAGUGAAGUCACCACAAUCCUGAACAGCUGUGGAGACGAGAGCCAGGACGCUUUGGACCAGGAGGCCUUUGAGGAGGGAAUCCCCAACCUGUCACGGCUGAGGCUUGCAGUCAACUACAACCAGAAGCAGUUUGUGGCCCAUCCGAUCUGUCAGCAGGUUCUUUCUUCCAUUUGGUGUGGAAACCUGGCAGGGUGGAGAGGCAGCAGGACAGCCUGGAAGCUCCUCGUCUCUGUUGGGAUCUUUCUAACCAUGCCUUUUCUUUGCCUCGUCUACUGGAUAGCUCCAAAGUCGAAGGCGGGAAAAAUGGUUAGAAUCCCUGUGAUCAAGUUUCUGCUUCAUUCUGCGUCGUACUUGUGGUUUCUCAUCACAUUGCUCGGAGAAUCCAUAAUUAUGGAGAUGUAUCGUGACAAAUUUGCAUCCCGUCAGCAGAAUAUUCUGCACAGCUCAUUCCACAUGGUGUGGGUGGUUGGAUUCUUCUGGUAUGAGUGUAAGGAAGUCUGGAUUGAGGGCUUGCGAAGCUACUUCCUGGACUGGUGGAACUGCUUGGACAUGAUUGUGUUGAGCAUGUACUUGGCAUCCUUUGCCUUACGUGUGCUCAUCAUGGUCAAAGGUCACUUCCUGUGCCAUGAUCAGAGCAACAGUGACGAGUGCAUCUACUUUACUCAGACUGGUCGUGACAACUGGCGCCAGGAGGACCCUCAGCUCAUCUCCGAGGUGCUGUUUGCAGUAACCAGCAUGUUGAGCUUCACCCGGUUAGCCUACAUCCUGCCGGCCCACGAGUCCCUGGGAACGCUGCAGAUCUCCAUUGGGAAGAUGAUUGAUGACAUGAUGAGGUUCAUGUUUAUACUGAUGAUCAUCGGGACGGCCUUCCUCUGCGGCAUCAACAAUGUCUACGUUCCUUAUGUCAUCUCUCCACAUCUUGGCAGGUUUAAUGAGACCUUCAACUUCUUAUUCUGGACCAUGUUUGGUGUGGCCAACCAGGACUAUGUGGACAUGCCGCAGUUUGUUUUAGCGGAGUUUGUAGGAAGGAUCCUGUACGGCAUCUUCACCCUCGUUAUCGUCAUUGUCCUGCUCAACAUGCUGAUUGCCAUGAUCACAAACUCCUUUCAGAAGAUUGAGGACGAUGCAGAUGUGGAGUGGAAAUUUGCCCGGUCUAAACUGUACCUGAGCUACUUCAGAGAGGGCCUCACCAUGCCUGUGCCUUUCAAUAUCAUCCCUUCUCCCAAAGCUGUGUUUUACAUCCUGAGGGGGUUUUUUAAAUGUCUCUGCUGUUGCUGCAACUUUAACUCGGAGCAAAAAUACCCUCCUGUAGCCUCUAUGUCUAACGACAAAGGAACGGAGGACAACCUGCCUUACCGACAACAGGUGAUCAGAGCUCUGGUGCAGCGCUACAUCGAGUCAGCUCGCAGGGAGUUUGAGGAGACCAAGAGGAAAGAUAUUGGUAACCGAAUCACGGAGCUGAACAAGGCGGUCUCCAGGAUGCAUCUUGAAAUGAAAGGGAUCCAGCAGCUUCUGAUGACUGAUGGACACGCUGCAAACGACGCACUGACCAAGGACGGUUCUUCUGUGCUUGGGAAAUACAUCAUCGGUGCCAAGAAUAACUUCAGAGGUUUUAACAGCAGCCAAGAUGACAAAAGCACAUCGCUUAAAGUGACAGUUCAUCAGAAAGAGGAAGGGGCCGAUGAAAGGAAGGCCGAUUCAGAGGCGCGGCAGGACACAGAUACACAAUUGGAUCAGGUGGAUGAAAGUGAAGAAGAAGAAUUGGGUAAGGCGGCAGACUGCGAGGUGGUGAAAAUGGAAGAGGGACGAGCGAAAACAGAGCUUGGGGAUUGGAAAGAAACUGAAAAUACAGAGCUUGUAGAAGUAAGCAAAGGUGAUGAUGGCGUAAAAGAGGACUUCUCAGAAGGGACGGGUUUUAUUAGAGUAGAAGAAAAGGUGAAAGUUGAGAGCAUACAGGGCAAGGAGGAUAAAAGGGAAGGAGAUAUUGACCCCAAGGUGACGGAAAAUCUUGCAGAGAUCAGACCUGAACACAUAGAGAGCAGCAAAACUAGUUUUGAAACAACAGAUGCGAAGAAAACGAUAAACAAGUUCAAUAACAUGGAGUUGAAAGAAAAACCAGACGAGGCAGGAUGGAUGAAGGGAAAAAAGUAUGGGGGUAAUGUUGUGGAAAGAUCUCACGUAACCAAGGGGGACGAGAAAACCGGAAAUAAGAAAGUGAUUCAGUCUCCAACAGGGAGCAGCAGCUCCAACGACACCGGCUUUGGUUCACAGGAAGGGGAAGGAUCGAUUGACGGCACACCAGUAAAACCAUGAUGGUCUCUGAUAACCGGAAAAUUUGAGAAGUUGAAAAAGAAAAAAAUGCUCAGUAGAUAAAUAUCACCGUACAUACAGAUAUUUUCAGCUGUAAGACUGCAUAUAGCCGACGUCUGUAUAGACUAAUGCAUCAAAAAAGUAACCUGAAGUUCAGCUAAGCAAGGAUUAGACCCAGAGGAGGACAGGUUCACACAGAAAGCAAACGAAUAUCUUAUUUAACACAAACAUUUUAUAUUCUGGGCAGAAAUGUUUUUAUUUGCAAUACUAUUGCUGAAAACUGCAAUUGCAAUAUUGACUGAACAUUAUUUUUGAAAUGUCUCUUCUUUUGUUAGCAUUUCAUAAUCUCCCCACUACUUUCCAAGAGCCUCAGCAUCUCAGCCGCUGAGGAAAGAAACCUGCUCUGGGCAUUAAAGGAAGUCAAAUCUGUUCAACAUUCAACAGAUUUUUGGUGUCAAUGCAUGAUUAGAUAAAUCUCUAAUUCCUGUACAUCUGAGGUUAGAUUUAUAUUACUGGUAAAUAGCAAAUCAUUAACACUUGGAAACCCUAAAACUAAUAUAAGGAGUAGUUUCUUUUUAUUAUGACUACUUCUUAUAAGCAUUUCAUUAAGAUGCCGAUGACGUCUGAACAGUAAGUUGUUUCUCUGCCAUUAGCACAUUUAUCAGCGCGUACACAGAGUUGAUUGACAGCUCUAAGACCUUCCUCUUGGAUGUGAUUGGCUGGUUUUGACCUUGAGCAUUUUUUUCAGGCGGCAAUAGUAGCUCAGGGAGGAAGUGAAGGAGUUUGAUCUUUUCUCAGAUUAUUUGUCUCAUGAUAUAGUUUCCCGACAUGGUGAGACUUUGAACAAAUAUGGACAAAAACAUAUUUUUGUAAAUAAUACAAACUGUAGCUUUAAUAGUGACACAUUUUACACUGUACGAUUGAAGAAGCCAGGCUGUAUGAAUUGUUGCUGUGGCAGAGAAAUCAGUCCAACGGUGUAUGGACAGCAAGACGGAGAUUAACGCUGUUAUUAUCAGAACUGGACACUGAAAAUAGAGAGAGGCUGGAGGGAAAGGAGACAGCGAUGUUUUUUGUCCAAGUGUCUGGAGCCACCUCUACAGUGUUUGUACACACAGGCUGCAGUCAUACAUCGCCUACUUGUACUGAUAUUAGUAAUCAGUCUCAGUUGGACUUCUGACAAAUAUUGAACUCAGCAAAUUUCUCAGAAAAGUUGAAGUCAGGAUUCAAUCUAACCCACAAAACUGAAGAAAAAUCCCACUAAAUUUUGUUCUAGUUUUUGGUUUUUAGAACAAAUUGUUGAAAUGAUUUUUACAUUAGGCGCACUGAAUAAGUUUACUGCUUUUUUUAUUUUGUUAUAACCAACAACCUUGUUAAACCUUACUACAUGUAGCUUUUCUAUUGUGAAGUUUGUUUACCUGCUGAAUUAACAGUGACAGCAGAUUAAUGUUGCUUAAAGAAUGAAAUGUACCAGUCAGGCCAAUAAAAGUUGUCACCAUUUCAACUGUAAAAUGGCAUGGUGUGUUUUUUUGUUUGUUUGUUUUGGCAAGACCAUUCCAUUAA